AUGGUGGCCGGCAGAGUCAAGGCGGCCAUGGGCUUCCAGCGCAGCCCGGCCACGCCCAAGACCUCCUCCACCACCACCUCCUCGCGCAAGUCGGCACCGGCACCGGCGCCGUCGCAGAACACCGCCCACGUCCCGGCGGCGGCCCGGCCGCAGACGCCGACGCCGGGCCGCCGGCCCUCGGGUUCACCGGCCCCGCCAAGCUCGGGGGGCAAGGGCGGCGGCAGCUCCUUCGCGCGCUCCUUCGGGGUCUACUUCCCGCGCUCCUCCGCGCAGGUGCAGCCGGCGCGCGCGGCCUCGGCGCCGGCAGAGGUUGCCGAGCUCGCCCGCCUCGUCGAGGAGCUGCAGGAGCGCGAGUCCCGCCUGCGCACCGAGCUGCUCGAGCACAAGAUCCUCAAGGAGACCGUCGUCAUCGUGCCCUUCCUCGAGACCGAGCUCGCCGCCAAGAGCAGCGAGCUCGGCCGGUGCCGGGACGCCAUGUCACGGCUCCAGGCCGAGAACGCACGGCUGCGCGCCGAGCUCGACGCCGCCGUCGCCAGUGUCGCGAGCAAGGAGCAGAGGAUUGCCGAGAUGGAGAGGCGGAUGGCGGAGAUGGCGAGGCCGCAGCGAGGUGGCGCCGACGAUUGCUCGUCGUCGGACGGCUCCAUGGCGGGAGGAGGCGACACGGCGGCCAAGCGAGCGAGCAAGCCCGUUCCCCCUCCUCCACCACCGCCUCCGCCGCCGCCAAUGCCGACACGCGCCAAGCCCAAGUCCUACUUCCCCGGCUCCUCCCGUGCCUCGCCGGCCAACUCCUCCUCGUCCGGCUCGUCCACGCCGUCCUGCUCCUCCGACACGGCGGCAUCCACGGGCCGCAAGCCGCAGCUCUCGAAGCUGCCCCCGAUACCACCGCCACCGCCGCCGGCCCCACCGUCAAUGCCGACGCGAGCAACCCGGAGCGCGAGCUCGUCGCCGUCGACCUCAAGCGGCGCCGCGCCGGCCCCUCCGCCCCCGCCACCCCCGCCGCCCCCUUCUGGCCCGUGCGUGCGACGCGUCCCGGAGGUGGUGGAGUUCUACCACUCGCUGAUGCGGCGCGACUCCAAGAGGGACUGCGGCGGCGGCGCAUGCCCCGAGGCCGGCGGCACGGGCGGUUCCGGCGCGGCGAACGCCCGGGACAUGAUCGGCGAGAUCGAGAACCGCUCCUCCCACCUCAUCGCGAUCAGGUCGGACGUGGAGAGGCAGGGCGACUUCAUCCGCUUCCUCAUCAAGGAGGUGGAGGGCGCCGCGUUCGCCGACAUCGACGACGUCGUCACCUUCGUCAAGUGGCUCGACGUCGAGCUCUCACGCCUGGUGGAUGAACGGGCGGUGCUCAAGCACUUCGACUGGCCGGAGCAGAAGGCGGACGCGCUCCGGGAGGCGGCUUUCGGCUACCGCGACCUCAAGAAGGUCGAGGCUGAGGCGGCGGCAUUCUGUGACGAUCCCCGGCAGCCCUGCGCCUCUGCUCUCAAGAAGAUGCAGGCCCUGUUUGAGAAGUUGGAGCAUGGGGUGUACAGCCUGUCUCGUGUGCGCGACGGCGCCAUGAACCGCUACCGAGGGUACCAGAUCCCAUGGGAGUGGAUGCAGGACACCGGAAUUGUCAGUCAGAUCAAAAUCCAGUCAGUGAAGUUAGCAAGGAAGUAUCUGAGAAGGGUUUCCUCCGAGCUCGAGGCCACACAGGGCGGCCCCGACGAAGAAGAGCUCAUGCUCCAGGGAGUCCGAUUCGCCUUCAGAGUACACCAGUUCGCUGGCGGAUUCGACGGCGACACGAUGCGGGCCUUCCAGGAGAUCAAGGAGAAGGCGAACGCUCUCCAGUCGCAGCGGGAUCAGCAGCACCUGCAACAGCAAAGGCUCGCCGCUGGCAGAAGCUGA